AUGGCCAAAGUAACCCGCACUCCCGUCCGCACUGAGCGAGCACCCCUCCCAGCGCCCUUUCUGUCGCAGGGUCUCGUCGUCGGUGACGUGGUGUACUGCUCCGGGCAGGUGGGCACGGAUCCGACCACGGGCAAAUUGGUGGAGGGGAGCAUCCAGGACCGAACGCGACAAAUCCUGCGCAAUCUCAAUGCCGUGCUGGAGGCAGGCGGGUCGAGUCUACACGAUGCCAUCAAAGUGAACAUCUUCCUGGCCGACAUGGCCGACUUUCCUGCUGUCAAUGAAGUCUACGAUACGUUUUUUGUGGAUCCCAAACCGGUCCGAACCUGUGUUAGUGUCAAGUCUCUACCACUGGGAACGGAUGUUGAGAUUGAAUGCUCGGGACUGGUCAAGGGAGCUGGAAGGAGUUCUAGGCUCUGA